AUGUCAAAUCCCCCUUUUCAUUAGUCCUCUCACCACUCAUGCUGAUGCUCCACUUUUUUAUUACUACUACUUCUCACAGCCAUUAACACAUUUCUCUCUUUGUGUGUGUGUGUGACUGAUUCUCUUGAACACACACCAUUCUCCAUAACUAGUAUGGUUUCUACAUGAUCAUCAGCAAUGGCACCAAGUAGUGUGGUAGUCACACUUGAUCGGCCCGACAACAUCUCCCUGAUCAAGAUGAACGAACAAAAUCCGGAAUCAGCAAGAUUUCAUGAGAAGCAGAAAGCUGCAAGCCCCAAGCAGUUCACUUGGGUGCUUCUGCUGAAGCUGCAGAGGCUUCUGGCUUGCAUUCCAUGGGCAGCAACGAGCACGUGGGCAGCUCUCGGGUCGAUCAAGAAGCGUGUAGCCUCCUCUGAUCCAGAGGAUCCGAGGUACAGAGGCAGAUUGUACAUGUUCAUCAAAGCAUUCCUUGCUCUCUCAUUGAUAGCCCUUGUGGUGGAGACUUUUGCCUAUUUCAAGAAUUGGGAUUUGAGUUUGGUGAAUGUUUAUCAUCCAUGGGAGGUUGAGAGCCUUGUGCAGUGGUGCUACAUGUCUUGGAUGAGCUCAAGAACUGACUAUCUUGCUCCUUUCAUUGCUGCUCUUUCGAGAUUCUGCGUUGUCCUCUUCAUGAUCCAGUCGUUGGAUCGCCUCGUGCAGUGCUUGGGAUGGUUUUGGAUUAAGUUCAUGAAGGUGAGGCCUGUUUUGGAAAGGGAUGAUUGUGGUGAUGUUGAGGAUGAUGGGAUGAGUUUCUAUCCCAUGGUUCUUGUUCAGAUUCCUAUGUGCAAUGAGAAAGAGGUGUAUGAGCAAUCAAUUGGUGCUGCUUGCCAGCUAGAUUGGCCCAAGGAUCGGUUUCUUGUCCAACAGGCGCGCUGGUCAUUCGUGAACAAGGACGAGAAUUUGCUGACUAGGCUUCAGAACAUAAACCUAUGCUUCCAUUUUGAGGUGGAGCAGCAAGUGAAUGGCCAUUUCCUGAAUUUCUUCGGGUUCAAUGGGACAGCCGGGGUGUGGAGGAUCAAGGCCUUGGAGGACUCCGGUGGCUGGCUUGAACGGACAACAGUCGAGGACAUGGACAUAGCUGUCCGUGCUCACUUGCACGGAUGGAAAUUCAUAUUCCUCAACGACGUUAGGGUGCUCUGUGAGCUGCCAGAGUCGUAUGAAGCCUACAAGAAGCAGCAGCAUCGCUGGCAUUCCGGCCCAAUGCAGCUCUUCAGGCUAUGCCUUCCCGCAAUCUUAACUUCCAAGAUAUCGGGUUGGAAGAAGGCGAAUUUGAUCUUCCUAUUCUUUCUGCUAAGGAAGCUUGUGCUUCCCUUCUACUCAUUCACACUCUUCUGCAUCAUUUUGCCACUAACCAUGUUCAUACCCGAAGCUGAGCUACCGGCUUGGGUGAUAUGCUACGUCCCCAUUGUCAUGUCGAUCCUCAACAUCUUACCCGCGCCCAAAUCCUUCCCCUUCCUCGUGCCAUACCUACUCUUCGAGAACACAAUGUCAGUCACAAAGUUCAAUGCCAUGAUCUCUGGCCUAUUCCAGCUUGGAAGCGCCUACGAAUGGGUGGUGACAAAGAAAACCGGGAGGGCAUCAGAGUCGGACCUAAUAAGCCUGGCCGAGAGGGAAUCCAAGAAUCAGGGGGAGGAGAAGAUCCAGCGGAGGCUGUCUGAAUCUGGCCUAGAGAUGCUGGAGAAACUGAACGAGCACAGGGUGCCGGUUGUGAGGAAGAGGAACAGGAUUUAUAGGAAGGAGCUUGCAUUGGCUUGCCUUCUGCUGACUGCAGCAGCAAGGAGUUUGUUGUCUGCUCAUGGCAUUCAUUUCUAUUACUUGCUGUUUCAAGGGAUGUCUUUCUUGGUUGUUGGUCUGGAUUUAAUUGGUGAACAGGUUAGUUAAAUCCUAGGAUGUAAUAGUAACUGUUCUGUUUUGUCUUCUUUUUUAUGUGUAUUGAUGCUUAUAGAUAGUCUAGUUCUGAAUAAGUGGCAAGUGUAAGCUUCAGUUUUCAAUUGGAUGUUAUGGAUAGUGUUAGCACUUAGCAGAGGUAUAGAUAUGAUUCUUUCAAUUGUAUGAUAACCAAGGGUAAACAGUAUUUUGGAAUUAUUUAUAUAUAUGUAGUUUUCAAUAAA